AUGCUAGGCCUCACGCUCAGUGCUGACAGUGAGGCGCUAACCCGCCUCCUGCAGCUCACAGCCUCCGUUGAACACCUGCGGGAAGUGAGCAGGCUGGAGCUCAGGCUCAGGUCUAGCCUCCUUUGGCAGGACCUCGGACAGCUCCUCGGCGUGUGGGCGGGGCUUGUGACCAGCGUGCACUUCCUGGUCCCAGCAGGAGGGGACCACAGCCAUCGUCCUGGGGGUUGCUGGAAAUCGCCGCCGCACAGUCACAGAGGACCAGGCUUCCCCAGCCAGGGGUACUUUCCUGAACUCUCGGCGGCAGAGCUGGCGCGGGAGCGAGAGUGUCGAGGCAGCGGGUGUUCAAGGCGCCCUCACGCCGAGCCGCCCGGCCCGGCCCGGCCCGAUCCUGUCCGCUCCUGA